GCAUCAGAACCAUCCACACGACGGCAGCCGCGUGCGCGCGAGGGGGCGGGGCGCUCGCUUCCCGCGCACCUGCCCAAGGCCCUGCCCUCUGCCCGCGCCCCGCCCCCAGCCCCGCCCAGGCGCCCAGCUCGGCCCACGCGCGCGAGGCCCCGGUUCACGCGAGCGUUCUUCUGCGCGUCCGCUCCCGCUGUAGCGUCGGACAGUUAGGGGAGUCGACCCCCGUCGGUUUGCUCCUCUCGGUGGAGGAGAGAUGGGGAGGCGUUGCGCUGGGGCUGAGGUAGGAAGGAGCCCGCUCCUCGACGCCUAACCCUCCCACGACGCUAGCCCCUGAGCCGUGAUGCGAGCGUGGGUCCUGCUCUCCGCGGUGCUCUGGUACCUCACAGGAGUGAAAUUAUAUGUAAAAUUACAUCACAAUAGCCCAAUCCUUGUCUGUAUGGAUUUGAAACGCACUGAAAAAGAAACAGUGGACCCCACCUACUUAUGGGUUGGGCCUAAUGAAAAGCCAUUAACAGGAAAUAAUAAAAUAAAUAUAACCAAAACAGGAAAGCUGAUGGUGAAAGACUUUCUGGAGCCUUUGUCUGGACUUUACACAUGCACUCUUUCUUAUAAGACUGUCAAAGCAGAAACCCAAGAAGAAAAGGUAGUAAAGCAGAGAUAUGACUUUAUGAUCUUUGCCUACCGGGAACCUGACUAUUCAUAUCAGAUGGCUGUACGUUUUACCACAAAAUCUUGUGUAGGAAAGUAUAAUGAUCUGCUUUUUAGACUGCUGAAGAAAAUCUUGGAUAAUUUAAUCUCUGAUUUGUCAUGCCAUAUCAUAGAACCAUCAUAUAAAUGCCAUUUUGUUAAAGUCCCAAAACAUGGCCUCAUUCCUGAGCUAUUUAUAGCCUUUCAAGUUAAUCCUUUUGCACCAGGGUGGAAAGGUAAAUGCAAUGAGUCUGUUGACUGUCAAGAUAACACUAACCAUAAUAUCCUCCAGGCAAGAAAUCGAAUAGAAGAAUUUUUCCAGAGCCAAGCAUAUAUUUUCAACCAUGAUUUUAAUAAAACUCUACCAGCUAUGCAUUUUGUGGACCACAGUUUUCAGAUAGUACGAAUAGAUAGCUGUCGUCCAGGCUUUGGAAAAAAUGAAGGUCUCCACAGCAAUUGCGCUACCUGUUGUGUGGUUUGUGGUCCUGGGACUUUCAGUCCUGAUGUUGAUGUUACAUGUCAGACCUGCGUUUCUAUCCAAAUCUACGGAGCUACAUCUUGCCCAUAAAACUUCAAACAAAAACUGCAACGUGAAGACUAGAGGUGAAAGCAUUGUUACUUGCUUGUGGAGGUGGCGAACAUAAGAUGAUUUGUUCACAUCCCAGAGUGUCAUAGAUAGUUCCAGUAAGUAAGAUCAGUAAGACCAAAACAUUGGAAAACAUACCUUUUAGAAACCCUAAAAAGGUAGUUGACAUGGCAUUUCUAAGAAGGCAUUUAAUAUCUCCAGUGUGCAAAGGAAAGUGUAAGUAUGAGUGGAUGAGUUUUAUUGAAAUAUGUUUUGUUGUUUACAAACAAUCUGUUUCCGUGUACCUAAGACUAUAUUAAGGUAAAGAAAAGUAGCAAAGUAUAAUAUAAUAAAAACGUUGUACUUUCCAUGUAUUAUUUUGUUUGAUAUCACUCUUAUAUAAAGGCAUAUAUAUUACCUUUAUAAUUAGAACCAAAAAAGUUAUUUCUUUUGGUGUCUUUGCUUUCAGUUUGUUUUUAGAAUAAUAGAAUUUAUUAGUAUAGUUUUAGGUUUACAGAAUAAUUGAGCAGAUAUUAUACAGAAUUCCAUAUACCCACUCCAGCCCACACCCUCAUCCCUCCCCAGUUUCCCCUAUUAUUAACAUCUUGCAUUAGUGUGAUGCAUUUGUUACAAUUAAUGAACCAAUGUUGAUACAUUAUUAUCAACUAUAGUUCAUAGUUUAUAUUAAGGUUCAUUCUUUGUGUUCUGCAGUUCUAUGGGUUUUGACAACUGCAUAAUGACAUGUGUCCACCCUUAAAGUUUCAUACAGAAUAGUUUCACCACCCUUAAAAUGCCCUAUGCUUCACCUAUUCAUCUCUCUCCCUUACCCCAGAGCCAUUGACAACCAGUAAUCUUUUUACUGCCUCUAUAGUUUUGCCUUUUCCAAAGUGUCAUAAACUUGGAAUUGUACAGUAUGUAGACUUUCCAGACUGGCUUCUUUCACUUACCAAUAUUCAUUUAAGGU